CCGGGGCGCCUCCCCGGUGGGCGCCGUCGGCCGCUCCGGCGCGGCUCGGGGCCAUGCUGCUGGACGCGGGGCCGCAGUUCCCCUCCCUCGGGGUGGGCGGCUUCCCCCGGCCCCACCCGCACUCGGCGGCGGCGGCGGCGGCGGCGGCGGCGGCGGCGGAGAUGCAGGACCGGGAGCUGAGCCUGGCGGCGGCGGCGGCGGCGGCGGCGGCGCAGAACGGCUUCGUGGACGCGGCGGCGGCGGCGGCGGCGGCGGCGCACAUGGGCGCCUUCAAGCUGAACGCGGGCCCGCACGACCUGUCCCCCGGCCAGACCUCGGCCUUCUCGUCGCAGGGCCCGGGGGGCUACGCGGGCUCGGCCGCCGCCGCCGCCGCCGCCGCCGCCGCCGCCGCCCUGGGCCCCCACGCCGCGCACGUGGGGUCCUACUCGGGCCCGCCCUUCAACUCCACGCGGGACUUUCUCUUCCGCAGCCGGGGCUUCGGGGAGCCGGCGGCGGGCGGCGGGCAGCACGGGCUGUUCGGGCCCCCCGGGCCGGGCGGCCUGCACCCGGCGGCGCACCCGGCGGCGCACCCCGGGGCGCACCCGGCGGCGCACUCGGAGCCGCAGGGCCACCUGCUCUUCCCGGGCAUCCACGAGCAGCACGGCGGGCCCGGCUCGCACUCGCAGAACGUGCUCAACGGGCAGGUGCGGCUGGGGCUGCCGGGCGAGGUCUUCGGCCGCUCGGACCAGUACCGCCAGGUGUCCAGCCCCCGGGCCGACCCCUACGGGCACAACCAGCUGCACAACCAGUACGGCCCGGUCAACGUCAACGUGGGCAUGAACGUGGCCGCCGCCGCCCACCACCACCAUCACCACCACCACCACCACCCGGGGGCCUUUUUCCGCUACAUGCGCCAGCAGUGCAUCAAGCAGGAGCUCAUCUGCAAGUGGAUCGACCCCGACCAGCUGGCCAGCCCCAAGAAGGCCUGCAACAAGACUUUCAGCACCAUGCACGAGCUGGUCACCCACGUCUCCGUCGAGCACGUCGGGGGGCCCGAGCAGAGCAACCACAUCUGCUUCUGGGAGGAGUGCCCGCGCGAGGGCAAGCCCUUCAAGGCCAAGUACAAGCUCGUCAACCACAUCCGCGUCCACACCGGAGAGAAGCCCUUCCCCUGCCCCUUCCCCGGCUGCGGCAAGGUCUUCGCCCGCUCCGAGAACCUCAAGAUCCACAAGCGCACGCACACAGGGGAGAAGCCCUUCCAGUGUGAGUUCGAAGGCUGCGACAGACGCUUCGCCAACAGCAGCGAUCGGAAGAAGCACAUGCACGUCCACACGUCGGAUAAACCCUAUCUGUGCAAGAUGUGUGACAAGUCGUACACGCACCCCAGCUCCCUGAGGAAGCACAUGAAGGUGCACGAGUCCUCCCCGCAGGGCUCCGAGUCGUCCCCGGCCGCCAGCUCGGGCUACGAGUCGUCCACGCCGCCGGGACUGGUGUCUCCCAGCGCCGAGCCCCCGGGAGGAGGAGGAGGAGGACCGGGCCUGUCCCCGGCGGCGGCCGCGGCGGCAGCGGCGGCGGCCGCGGUGUCCGCCGUCCACCGGGGCGCGGGGGCGACCGGCGGGAGCGGGGCCGCGGGGACCGGAGGAGGAGGAGGAGGAGGAGGAGGAGUCCCCGGGGGCGGCGGCAACGGACCCACCGGCGGGGGCCACAGCGGCCUCUCCUCCAACUUCAACGAAUGGUACGUCUAAGGCGGGGAGGGGGCCGGCGGGCCGAGCCGCCCCUGCUGCCCCUGCUGCCCCAUCACCUGACUCUCCCC